CGUCGCUUCUGUCCGGGUGGGCUCUGGACGCAUUCGGUGCUUCCUCACUGCGUCUGGCAGUCUGUGCAACUGCCCCUUCCCUGUUCCCAGCGGGAGGGACAUGAGUGUCCCUGGGCCGCCUUCCCCGGACGGGGUCCUGGCAGGGCCACCCGAAGGCCUGGAGGCCGGGGACCUGACGCCGGGUUUAAGUGACACUUCUCCAGAUGAAGGGUUAAUAGAGGACUUGACCAUAGAAGACAAAGCUGUGGAACAGCUGGCAGAAGGCUUGCUUUCUCACUACUUGCCAGAUCUGCAGAGAUCAAAACAAGCUCUCCAGGAACUCACACAGAACCAAGUUGUAUUAUUAGACACAUUGGAACAAGAAAUUUCAAAAUUUAAAGAAUGCCAUUCUAUGUUGGACAUUAAUGCUUUGUUCACUGAAGCUAAACACUAUCAUGCCAAGUUGGUGAAUAUAAGAAAAGAGAUGUUGAUGCUUCAUGAAAAGACAUCAAAGUUGAAAAAAAGAGCACUUAAACUGCAGCAGAAGAGACAAAAAGAAGAGUUGGAAAGGGAGCAGCAACGAGAGAAGGAAUUUGAAAGAGAAAAGCAGUUAACUGCCAAACCAGCUAAAAGGACGUGAGCAGUCAGAUGUUUGUAUCCUUCCUUUUCCUGUUCAUGUUCUGGAUUUAAGAUGAUCUGGUGUAGACUUAAUGUUAAGGUAGUGCCUUAUACCACUAUGUUCUGUUUUGAAAUCCUUUUCCAGGAGUGCUGUCUAUGUCUCUUCAUUUCAGCCAUACAAGAAGCUUUUUUUCUAAGUAGAAGACAUUGUCACCUGGUUUGGAUAUUUGUAUAAUUUUUCAACUUUGUUUUGCUUAAUUUUUAAAUUCAUUAUUUUGGCCUUAGGUCAUUUAUAAACUGAAAAAUAGUUUGAUUGUUUUAAUAGGCUAGACUCUUUAAGUGGUUAAAAUUUAUUAUGCAUUGUUUAGCUUCUUAAAAACUGUGGAUUUGAAAGUUUCAGUUUCUUAUUUUAUGAAAUGAUUUGCCUUUCUGACAAUACAAUACUAGGUUUUGGCAGUUGCCUUUUCAUUGUUUGGUUAAGAAAUGCCAACUGUUUAAUCACAUAUGCCACUGGAAAAGAGGUGGUAUAAGCCUUUGUGAAGAAUGUGAUAGAGAAGUAUGUACACGGGAAAUAUUAGCAUCUUAGACAUAGGAUGGGUGAACAAGAGGUUCCACUGACCAUAGACUUUUAGCUGCUUCCUAGCUUUGUUGUUGCUGUUUAGUUCUUAUGCAGUUCUUAGGUUCAAAGUAGAUUAUAUCUAUUCCUAAAGUUGGGUGAGGGUGGUGUAGCUUGCACACAAAUGCACUUAAAUAUUCAUAAUUUUUAGUCAUCACACUCUGUGAGAUACAGUUGUGAAGUUGAUAAGAUAAUGAACUUGACUUCCCAAGUGGAAAGUGUUGCUAUUUCCAGCUAGCCUCUGAUUUGCUGUGUGGCCUUAUGUGUGGUUACUUUUCUGUGCUUUUAAAAAAAAUUCUUGAAGUAGAGUUAUACAUGGCAACUAUCCAUUUUACAGAUAAUGACAAAAAUGGUAGAAAACUAGUAAACAGCUUCUUCACAAAGGUGGCAGCAUGAUUCCCUUAGUGUUUUCUAGAUUCCCGCCCCCCCCCCGCCCAGUAUUAAAUGUAAAAAUUUAUCAUGUGAGGGAAAUAUUAUGAAGUUUCAUUAUUUUAAAUUGAGAGUGUAUUAUUCACUGUUUUAAUAUUAUUUAAUAUCCAGCCUGAUGUCCAGUCUGUUACACAGAGGCUGUACAGAGUAGGUUAGGUUACAGAUUAUGGUUAGAAUGUUUGUCUCUCAUAAACUACAUUACAUUUGGUGAGCUGGAAGCACUACCUCUGAUCACAUCCCAGGCUGGGGAAGGCAUUUAGAUUUAUGUUGAGUGCUAAGAACAAGUCUGUUUAAAGAUUUUUAAAAUUUGUUUGAGCUUUUUCCUUUAGUGAGUGAAUUAUGAUCUCACAGUUCACUUGACUUUGACCUUAUGUGUAAGAGUAGAAAUAUAUUUUAUUUUUAAAGGCUGUGUGUUACCCUCAAAACACUAGUUAAUACUACUGGGGUGGCAGGAUCACGAGGGGUGGCAGGAUCAUGAGUACUGGCAGGACAGCGUCACCUAAACUGCUGAAUGUACUCAUUCACAACCUGACAAAAUCUGUGCAUUGUUUCUUAAGAGUGGUUUGUGGUCCAACUGCAAAGAUCAUUUGAAAUGCUGGUUCUUGGACACCACUCUCAAACUACUGAAGCAAAUCUGUUUUUCUUUUCUUUUUUCCUGUUUUUUUAAAAAAGUUUUGUCAAGUGACUCAGAUGUACUUUAUAAGUUGAGAACCACUGGUCUGGUGAUCCAAGUCAGAGUCUUCCACUCUAGGCUGCAUAUUAUCACCUGGAAACUAAAAAAUGUUUCUGAAAGAUUUUUACUCAUUAGUUCUUAGAUAGGGCCCAUGCACAUUUUAAGGACCCUCCUAGAUAUAAGUCUGAUUCAAGGACUGAUUCAAAUCACUGGUUGAGACUUUGUAGUGAUUUAGAUUUAUAAGGAAUAAAAUAAUGUGAAAGCUACCCAGUAACUCUUGGGAUUAAUCUUAUGCAUAAAUUCUUAAACUACUGCUUUUGAUACAAAGUCAGAUUUAAGACUGAAAUAAAUAGUCAGGAAAUAGGUUUAGAAUUCUGGUAAAUUGAAUUUUUGUGAUCUAUUUUAAAACAGAUCAUGUUUAUUGAAUGAAUGGCAAGGUACAUGUAUUUUUAGAAAUGUAUUUACAUUUUGAAGAUUUCUUAAAAUGUGGAGAAUACGUAUUGGCAUCCACCAUUUUUGAGGCUUCCCAGGUGAUGCAGCAGUAAAGAAUCUGCUUGCCAGUGCAGGAGACUUUUGUAAGAGACUCGGGUUUGAUCCCUGGUUUGGGAAGAUUCCCUGGAAAAGGAAAUGGCAACUCACUCUGGUAUUUUUGCUUGGAAAAUUCCAUGGACAGAGGAGCCUGGUGAGUCCCAGUCCAUGGGGUUUUAAAGAGUCUGACACUACUGAGCGACUGAGCACACACCACUAUUUUUAGGUCAUUUGUAAAACAGAAGUACUGUUAACCUUGGUAAUUAAAAUCUAAAACUUUAGCUGUAUUUCAGUAGCAUACACACAUAUCUUGCUGACUAAAACUGAGCAGAACCCUUAAAUUAGUGUUGCUGUUUUUUGUACAAAAUAAUGAAUUGGUACUUGAGUUGAAAAAAAUUGACUUUGGUAUUUUGUUUGAAAAAAACUGCCUUUGUUUUGAUUAUGUUUGUGUAUGUUUCAGUAUGUAUAUCACAUACGUACUAAAGUGAUGGGAAUUAAUUUUGUAUUUACCUUGCAGGAAAUAUCAUGUAAAUAUGCAGACGUUGAAUGUAGUAUGGAUUGUGUCCGCAGUGAGCUUUUUGGUGGGUACAGUUUAUACAUGCCAAUUAUAUACCCUCAUAUACUUGUCUGAUUUUGAGCUUGUAAAAAUGAGAAUUCGUUUUUACACAUUUAAUAAAGAAAAAAAAGGUCUGUGAA